GGAUUACAGCUAUCUGUUUAAACAGCUGCAAUAAUUGUUUUAAUCAUUAGCUACUUCUUGCCUUAAGUAAGUUUCCGAAAUUACUAUUUCCAAAAUAAUGUUUUCUUUGAAAGUGAUUAGCGACCAAAACAAAUCAUAUGGACAGGGAAUAUGACUGUGUCACACAGGUUAGUAAAACAACUGAUGGAUCGAUUACCAGUCGGUGAACGUGGUCUUGAGACAAACAUCGCAGACAUCGUCCCAGCCAACAGCAGCUUACACCUUGGAUAAUCAUUGUUUAUCAUUUGUGGACAUGACAGCGAGUCGUCUGGUUAUUUUGCUGUUGACAGCACUCUGUUUUCUGUUUUUUCGGCCGUCAACAUUGGGGCAAGAAAUAAGAAUUGGAGCCUUGAUUCCAUGGAACGGAACGUGGCAAGUUGGACCAAGAAUGGCUUCCGCUUUGCUUGUCGCUUUCGACACGAUUAAAUACAAAAUGAACCUUCUUCCAGAUUAUAACUUAACUUACGAAUGGAAGGAUAGUGAAUGCAGCACUGGGGCCACCCUAAGAGCAAUGGCUGACUUGCAAACAAAAAUACCAAAUAUACACGCUUACAUUGGACCCGCAUGUUCCAUUGGCUGUUUGCCGGGAGGUUUUCUGGCAGCGCACUGGAAUAAUCCUAUGAUUUCUUUCGGUUGUGGUGAGUCCACUUUAUCAAACAAACUUAAGUAUCCUACGUUUGUUCGAACGGUUGGUACGUACGUAGAAACUGGAAAGUUUUUCCUCGAAAUCAUGAAAAAAUAUAACUGGACCCAAGUUGCCAUUGUGUCCUCCACAGAGAGUAUUUGGUCGCAAACUGCUAGUUUUAUAAAGGAAGAAAUCGACGAUGUCAAAGGUGGUGGAUUUUCGGUGUCUUAUUUUCAUGUAUUUAGCCCAGGCAUUACAACAGAUGAACAACUGAAGGGCAUGUUUCGUUCCGCAAGAGAAGUGGCCCAUGGUAAGUAAGAAAUUUUCCUAUCAAAUGGUUCAACGUUUAAUAUUCUACCGAUAACUGGAUUAAUACCACGAAAAUAACCUGAAUUUUGCGGUGACAAAAAGAAAAACAUAAACAAAGUCAUUUUCGCGGCACUGUUUGGUAAUGAGUCAUUUGAAUAUGUUGCUAAUGUUUUGUCGCUUUUUAUCAUUAUGCAUAAAGGACAAAAAGAUAUUUCACAGCUACAUUUAUUAAUAUUGUUAUCAUUUGUAAGUCUUAAAUCCACUUUAAACAGGAAAUUUUUUUGGUAACCCCUUUUCAAUCCACAGCAUUAAAAAGCUUGUGGUUGUGGUGUCGAUUUUUCCAUGAUUUCCGUAACAGAGAUUAAUUACUACAAUUACGGUUUCAUGCGUCCCCCAUAGAAAUCCUAUUUAUGCUUUAACAAGAAAAUUUAAUAUUAUUUAUCUCAAUUAUUGCUGAAAAGAAAAAUUAAUUUGCCCAAAACUUUCAGUCCGGCUUUUUUUUUUUAUAAAUGAACACUUCUCCCGGAGCUCUUUGGAUCAUUGAUUUUCGAACAGACGGCGAAUGUAAGUUUACAUUCGAUAUUCUGUAUGGAAGGCAAUAUCUAGUCAUCUAGUGACUUCGAAAGGAAGUUCCACACCAGGAAAACUCUCUAUGUGAUCUAAGUGCCUACUUUGUUUCAAUACCAAAAUCAAGGGGCGCCUAAUCAAAUGAACUAUAGGGUACCGGACCGCAUGUGGGAACACUUGAAAACGGGAACACUCGAAUGACCUAAAAUUAUGCAUUGAAGUGUCUUCAUUCGAUAAAUUUAGUUGCAAAAUAUUUAUUUUUUAGGCAAAUGACUAAAUGAAAAAAUAAUUCCUAAAACUACAAAUGGAUUUGCUACUGUCCCAACGAAACAACAUCUAUCUUUGAAAACCUAGGAAAUUUAACAACCUUUCACCAAAUGUCGCGUUUUAAAACCACUCCAGCUGGGUUGUAUAAUUUGAACCAUUGACAUUUACCGGACGUAAUUUCGUGCCAAACUCCGCGUUUGCCAAAAGCAAUUUAAACUUUUGUCGUUUUUAUUGACAUGUAUUAUUAAAUCUGAUAACGAAUAAAAUAAACAACGGCUGGUAAUAGCGACGGAAAGUAAACGUCGAUGUAUAAUUAUAUAUUUUGAGACAGAAAUGCCUUAAAAUUUCGAAAAGAAGCCCCUCAGAAUAUGAGCCAAAAGUAAUUCGAGAUGUGAAAAAGGUUCCAGUUCAGACCCUCGGCCUAAUAUAGCCUUCAAGAUGGGUGCCUAUAUUAAAGAAUUCACUGCUUAAAUGCAAAAUAAGCCAUAAAUGAGUUUUCACAUGUUAGGCUUCUAUUAAAAGCCUGGAGUUGCUUUGAGUAAGCGAUGCUUUCUUAAUUGAUCUGCUCUCUUUUGUUUUUUUCCGAAUUCAAGGGGGAUGAGCGUUAAAUAAAAAGAAAAAGUUCCAUGACAGUACGUGUAUAAACUGAAAGGAAAAAAUUCGUGCUCUCUCAUGAAAACGUGCUUGAAAAUUUAACACAGGAGUUGUUUAUGGAACGCGAGAAGAAUAUUUUAAGAUAAUUGGCUUCACUACUCCUCUUUAGUGCAAAACAUUUACGUAAUAGCUAUUGAAAGGAAUCAUUAAGGUUUUAAUUGGCACAGGUAAAAAAUUUCAGCUAUUUUUAGUGUAUAUAAUUUAGCAAGUUACGGGGAUUAAUGCUUCCUGAAAUGCGUAUAAAUUGAAAAUGGAUAGAAGACUUACUAAUUCAUAAACAAUCUUAACAACUUAAUUUGAAUACAAAAGAGUCCAGGUUUUAGUUUAAAUAAAUAAAGCGCACUUGUCUAUUUUCACUUUUGUUUUUUCCCUUUUCAAUUUGGCAAAGGAAACAUUUCAGGCUAUUUUUAGUGUAAUUUAGCAAGCUGCGAAGGUUAAUUUUCAAACGCGUAUACGUUGAAAAUGGAUGGAAGACUUACUUAUUCACAGACAACCUUAACAAGUUAAUCUGAAUACAAAAGAGUCGAUUUUAGUUUCAAUAACUAAAGCGCACUUGUCUAUUUUCACUUUUGUUUUUCUCCUUUUUAACUUGGCAAAGGAAAAUUUCAGGCUAUUUUUAGUGUAAUUUGGCAAGUUGCGAAGGUUAAUUUUCAAAUGCGUAUACGUUGAAAAUGGAUAGAAGACUUUUUUAUUCACAGACAACCUUAACAAGUUAAUCUGAAUACAAAAGAGUUGGUUUUACUUUAAAUAAAUAAAGCGCACUUGUCUAUUUUCACUUUUGUUUUUUUCGUUUUUAACUUGUCGUUUUUUCGGUCUCUUUCAACCUUGUGUGACAUCACCUAUUCCAGGAUAGUCAAACUUCGGAUGAUAGGAAAAAUACCUGAUUACUGAAAUCAUAUAGUUAAAACCACUUUCGAUGCACAUACUGAUCCAAUCUUUCAAAAUCUUGGUAUCUUAAAAUUUCAUGAUAUAUACUUAAUACAACUAGGCUUAUUCGUGUACUCCUAUCAAAACCAUACUCUACCUUUAAAAUUUCAUUGUAAAUUUACUUUACAAAGUCAAAUUCAUUCGCGUAAUACAAGAAACUGGUGUAAAUUUCGUCUGCCUUUCUGUCGUACUCGAACCAAACAAUUUUCCGUUUUUAUCAAGGACCUAAAUUUUACAACACCUUAAACACCAACAUCAUCAACGGUUCCUCACCUUUUUCCUUUUAAAGAGAACUUAUAAGGCAUUUAUUUGUAAUAAUUAUUAGUAUACUCCAACAGAAAUCUUGCGAAAAAGCCUUUUAAUAUUCAACAUUAUUUGUAAACUUCCGUAAUAUUGAUUAGUUUAAUUUUCCACCUGAUACUAUUUUGUAUCCGUCGCCGUAAUUUUUAUGCCAUCUUCGAAAAAUUGUCAUUGAGGAGGCCUAAUUAACAUAAGCUCUAUAGUUUCCUUUAGGCCUCCUCGCCAUUUCUUCCUACUUUUUUUUUGGCAUUUCUUUGUAAUUAUUGUAAUCGUGUGGCAAAUAAAUAAAUACAAAUACAAAUCAUGCAAAGAGGGUCUCGGCUGUUGUGUCCGUACAAUGCUUGAGAAAAUGGCCCGAAAAUUUCGCACGCUUUGCGGAUGCAAAAUAGCUGAAUUACAUCCUCAAAACGAUAGCAGGCCGCAAGAAACAGACUACACGAAAUGAAACAUAUUCGCUCGUUUUUAUGAAACUGCCCCGAAAGUGGCAUAUGUUUUUAAAACAGUCUAUUUAAAAGUUAGCAUAUUGCGCAAUAAAACAAUUUUUGUAUUGAGCUUUGGUUAUAUGAUUUGAAUAAUUAUGCAAAUCUCGUAGUUUGUUCCCGUCUUAGGGCCUGUUUACAUGGAGGUGGGGUCCUCAGGUAGGUGAGGUAACGCACCUGUCCAUGUAACCUCUCAUCUUAAUUUGAUAACAUUUACAUAAUAGGUGGAAUGACCCGCCAAGGUGGGUAGCGCGGUCUGCCAGACCGGGUAACCCUCUCAAGGGAGCAUCAAAUUUUGCCAUGUGAACGUUUCAAGGUGGGGUAACCCGCCUUGUCGGGGUGGAAUUCGUGAUACAUCAAAUUCGGGCAAAAUUCCCUUUGGCGGUGGCUUUGCAUCAUUAUUAAAGGUUAAAAUAUAAAGCCACAGCACUGACGGUUGCAGCAAGAGCAGCAAGUGAGUGUAGAGGAGCAUUAAUCACCCCAACACGUGGUUUGCCAGCAUUUUUUCUUGUCGCGUGCUUGGCGACCAUUCAAUAAUCUUGAGAAAGUGCACCCUAGGAUGGAGGGGUUGUAAAGGAAGGUUAAUUUUUAACCCCUUCUAAGUGGGUUACCUCACCUACCUGGUGUCCCCCAACUCCAUGUAAACAGGCCCUUAGACCAGAAAAUAACCUUCUUGAUCUGCAUAAUUAUUCACAUCAUGCUCACCCUCAUCCAAUAAUUGCUAAUUAUGCUCUCCACAUCCACUUCUUAGUGUUUAUUCUCCUCGGUUAUGGAACUUCCGUGCGACAAAUGAUGCUCAACUUGUACGACUUGGGAAUGGUAACCACAGGGUUCGCCUAUUUUACUUUUGAUAUAACUAUUGACACCUGCAAAGGGAAUGACGGAAGGGAUAAAGAUGCAUGUGAAGCGUUUGAGGGCAUCAUGGACAUUUCCAACUACAUUCCUGCUACCCCAGAAUAUAAGGCCUUCGAGAAAAAAGUUCGACAAAAAAUGCCCCUGUUUGCGGGACUUGGAUAUCAUAUGCCCCCAGAUGAGGAGGUAAGUUAGUCUAAAUUUCUUUGCUUUCACUUAACUUCUUUGCUUUCACUUAACAAGAGGAUAGAGGGGUAGCCUAUAGUAGCAAAGCUUGCUUUCUAUCCCUGUAACAUAGCGUAGCGGGAGAGAAUCUCAUUGUCUGUUGAGCGUAGCUGUUGCUUUAAAACAAAUCUGUGCCCUUCUCAAUAAAGAAAAGGAGGGAAAGAAAAAAAAAUAGAGAACAUCAUAUUCGCUUUGCGUAGCCUGGGUUUGAACCAAAGCCCGGGUUUUAAAAGUAAAUCAUCUGAAAACAGCCAUGGAUCUGGUUUGAUUGCGUUUGGGCUCAUCAGCAUGGCAUAGCCGACCAUCUGACGAAACUGGAAUCAAAAGUCCACCUAUCCGUCUGCCCAGGCGAUAAAGAUCUGCAUACAUUUUUUCUUCUCAUGUUCGUAGACCCUUUCUUUCUGACGAUUCUAGGGAGAAAUUUUUUUUUUUAAAAAAAUUUAAAACUCAUCAUAGCAUCAGGGAACGCUUCGAUUUGGCUCUUCAAAUCAUCUCAAUUCUGAAUGCUGAUUAGAGAAUAAAAAGACAUGCUGGAAAUUCGCUCCACACGUACAAAAGAGAAAACAAAAUCAGGUAAGGGCGGGGAGUGAGUAAUACCUUCACCCUUCAGAACAGUCCGAGAUUAUCAAUAAAAGCACUGGCUCUAACUUCUGCUUUUAAGUGAUUAUAUUUUGCCUUUUAAUCGAAAAGGCGAAGUCAUGUUUUAAGCUGCUUAAUAACUGAUUCGCUCUUUUUUUCGUGAGAAUGUAAGCAGAGUUAACCAAAACUCUUAGAAGGCGCACUCUUGAUUUCUAUCAGUGUUUGUCAUUCGUCCACUGUUAAAUAUGCCACUCUUUUUGCUGACUUUUAGGUCGACAUUUUUGCUGGCUUUCUGCACGAUGCUGUUGUACUGUAUGCACUUGCAGUCCAUGAAAUUCUACAAAAAGGAGGAAAUUUCACGGAUGGGAGAGCACUUAUGGCGCAUUUAACAAACAGAAGUUUCGAAGGUUUGUAAAAUCUCAUCGUUACAAUAGCCGCGUACGCCACAGUAUAACCCGCCACCGGUAGCGACGCUCAUUUUUUUUUUCUUUGUUACGCGGAAAGUCAAUGGAAGACCUGUUCGAGAUGGUACCAGCCGGCUGCCUUCUGACAAUUUCGAAAAAAACCAUCAAGAUUAAAUGGCACAAAGUCUUAAAGGGUGUAAUGAAGAUCUAAAUGCGACAAAAUUUAUAUUGUUUAUCUUACAACUUGCAGGAAUUUCUGGGCCUGUCUUCAUUGAUGAAAAUGGUGACAGAUCAUUGAGUCUCCAAAUGAAAAACUUUCACAAUGGUAAACUGUUUCAUAUGGCUAGCUACUUUCGUCGCACGGAGAAACUGGAAAUUUUGAAUGUAACAACUUAUUGGCCUGGUGGAAGUGUAGUUGCUCCACUGGGAAGACCCGAAUGUGGAUUCAACGGGGAAUUUUGCCCUCCUCCAGGUAGACGCAAUAUUAUUUAACGGCUUAGUGGAGUUAGGGUGUGUUCGAUUGAUCGUAUUUCGGAGUAAGAGUACGCAAAGGUUUUGUACGUGUACCGUGAUUUAUGGACCACUUAAACUCUACAAACAACAAAAUAUUUUACUUGAAGCAUAUAAACAUCAUGAUGAAUGCUAAUGCCACCAUAACUUUAGCUUAUACAAUGUUAGUGCGGAGCUUGAAUUCGAGUUUCCUUGAAUAUAAGUUGAGUUUUUAAUGAACAGGGCACAUCCUGGAAGUUUUUACCGUCAUGCUCAAUUCUCAAGUUGUACAUUUGUUAUUUUUGGCAGAAAUUUGGAAGAUUGCAGUGUACAUUACGUCAGGAUUUCUGGGAAUAACAAUUCUUUUACUUGCUCUUCUCUUUUAUUACAAGUAAGUGAUUAAAGAAGGGGAUGCUAAUACAGCUGUACAACGACCCAGGGGCUAGUUACACAAUAAUUGUCGGACGUAACAGAUAAUAUUCGACGUCCAGUUCAGUCACACUCUUUGUUUUGCUCGAGACGUUAGCAUUUGCAUCUGAGGUUAGGUUUCAUGUGGCUGGUCCCAGUUGUUCUAUUGUACUCAUGUGCCAGGACCAUUUCACUUCGGUUAAAGACACAAGUUUGGAUUGGUAAUUAUAUAUAGUCUUUUCUCAAAUAUUUACGGCUCGAAGGACUACACAUGAUUAGUUCGAAACAAAAUUUUUUAAUCACCAAAUAUUGCAGCUCAGGUUAUCAAAUGAGUGCCAUGCCUCGUUUAAUAUAGGUCAUUCAUCAUGCGAGACGUUGGAUGAUAAAAAAUUCUUUGAAAACUAGAUGCUACAUUUUCUCUUGCAAAAAGCGUUGAACGAUGUUUAACUACAAACAUUAACCACAAAGGACUGCAUGUUUAACUGUUAUUCCUAUUCGACAGUUGCACAUCUCCCAUACUACACCCUGAUUUCCCCUCCCGCCAAAGUUUUGGAUAAGCACUGUCUUCAAUUUUUCUUUGGACGACUUUAAGAGAAAUCAAAGAUGUGCAAAUAGUAAAUUAUAUGCAUCAAGAAAUGUGAGAUAAAAGCGGCCAUUUUAAGUGACCUCACAGUCUCAAAAUAUAUUAGUCAAUAUUAAGUAUCGCCAUUGUAUAAUUUCGCUAUAUAAAAUGGUGUUUUUUAAUGGAAAUAAAUACACUGAUCGUUCUAUUUUUUCACUUUAGGAGAAAAGCGUUCCGGGCAUCACUUUUGAGCCAGCAGUGGAAAGUUUUGUCACAAGAAGUGAGGUUUACAAGGAGACCUUUGGAUACCCGAAGUGUAGUAAGAAAACAAACAAAAUGUCACCACUAUGUACCGCCGGAAAAAAAUGAAGCUUAUGUUAUUAUCUGAACCGCGAUGGAGAGAAACAUGUAACAUUCAUCAUAUAAAAAAUGUGGAGCACAAAAAGCAGUCUGAUUACCCGGUGGGCUUCAAACCCAUGUCAUCCACGAUACGUGUCAGCCGCUCUAUCCACAGAUUUUAUCUGAGUUUUCUUCAAAAUCAAAUGUUUUUUAGAGCUUUAGACAGCUUAACACACAACGCUCCAACGGAAUUGCUUAUAGGACGUUGCCACAAAAUAACAACUACAACAAUAACAACUUUCACGUUUCAGUAUUUCUUUUUCAAUUAUUGGUAUUACCCUUUUUAAUUAUGUUGGUUACAAAGGCAAAAUAAACUAUUUCUUUAGAUCUGACUAACGAUGAUUGAGGAAAACUCUGUAGUUAUCGAAGUAUUUUUGACCACCUUAAUAUGGAUUUUUAAGCCUUAGCCUUUCACUUCGAUUGAGGGCGACCCUAGAAAUAAAAUGAUUUUGGAACGACAGUAAUGAUGCGUGAUAAUGAUGAUUAGGAUGAUGAUAGUGACGAUAACGGUCACUAUUUUAAGUGCAAAGAAGCAAUAUUGGUGAGCUUCCUAUGAAAAAAAAGUUAGAGAAGUAACAAAGUAUAUAUUUAUUGUUCAGAUUUCAAGCAUGUAUGGUGGAAGUUCUGCCGAAGGUAGCAUGAUUUCACGACAGAAUAGUCGAACUAGUGCUGACUUUGAUGAUUUUAGAGGACAAAUAUUCACUUGUGUGGCGGUCUAUAAGGUUUGUUACUACUUAAGUGUUACUGUGAUCGACUUCAACUUGAUAUGAUAAUGAUAAUGAUAAUGACAAUAAUAAAGUUACCACUGAAGACCUAAACUAACUGAAAAAUCUAUUAUAUACAUAAAAAAGUUACCAAAAGUUUUGUUAGUGUUCCUUCAUUUCAGCAUUAACAUUAUAGAAAGUUUCCAACAUUUUUGACAGAGAGGCAAUUGCGUUUCGUUGUGGUUUGUAGUCUUGUUAAAACACUAUUUACUUAACAAUCUUAUAAUCAUUACCCAGACAUUACAUUGCUGCAGACCCAGCACACCAUGCACUAUGGGUAAUCUUUUUAGACCCUGGUAAUUAUUUCUUUAACUUUGUUUUCACAGUCUAUUGUUGUGGCUGUUAAGAAGCUGAGGAAAGCACACAUAAGCCUUUCAAGAGAAAUUCUUAUGGAAUUAAAGGAAGUAAGUUAAAUGAGCCAGCAAUACCUCAGUGAGAAUGCAGAAAUGCAUAUUUAGCGGGAAAUAAAUCAAAUAUCCCUCUCUAGGGAUGUCUAACAAAUUGGACUUAAUUGUAUGUUGUAAAAUGAAAAGUGAAAAUUUGAUUUCAACUACCGGUACGCUCUUAGUCGACUGUUUUAGUCUGUAUCCAGCUAAGGCUAUGUUCAUACUAUGCCGGAGGGCUUUUUGUCCCUACACGAAAAGCCACCCGGUAUACCAUGAACAGAGCCCGUGGCGGCACAAGUCGUUGACACACAUCAUAGUUAGUUGAGCGGACUGAUUAUGAAAGUCGGCAAGCCUUAAAGAGCGAAACAAUCAAGCCGUCUCUGAUGUUGAACGAACCUGUCACGUGAUUGCAACGGUGUACAAACUCAAACACACUCUCAAAGAAGGCAGAUGCAGGAGACGAUUUAUUCUUGUUUGGCGAUGAUUUUGAGGCGAUUUUAGACAUUCUUGACGAAGUUGAAGCACUAUAGAAAAUAUUUUAAUAGUCCCCUCUACUAACUAUGCACACAUCAAACAUCGUGCCGGGCGCGGUUGGCCGAGGGGCUUUAGUGCACUUAAUUCUAGUCCUCACUCCUAAAUUUUUACUUCCGUCACAGUAAUCCAGUGCUCGCUCCCACUUAUUUACUUAUUUCCCACUUAUUUGCUUCCACGGGAAUGCGAACAGGUGUUCACAUUGCAAAGAAUGGAUCAAAAGCGAUCCGAUAUGUGACGCUCCACUUGCGAGAUCGGCGCGGCGCGGCGCAGCGUCAUUCCGUAGCAGAAAUUGCGCCGAAAUCUCGGUUCUUGUAUUUGGAUAGAAGUUCUUUGCGGUAAGAUUUCCGUAGCUGUGCAAAAGCCAUCCGGUAUAGUACUAGUGUUAACAUAACUUAAAGGUAGAUUUUCUUGUUCCAACUUUCCAUUGUUUUAUUGUCUUAGGUAUUUGACCUGCAACAUGUAAAUAUCAAUCGUUUCAUUGGCGCAUGCGUGGAUUCGCCAAAUAUAUGGAUACUAACGCAGUACUGUAACAAAGGAAGCCUACAGGUGACUAGUGCAUUACUUUAUAACUACAAAGUUAAGAUUAAUAUUUAUGCGCAUGCUCAGACGUAAUGACUAAUGAAUAAAAAUGUAAAGUUUGCUUUCUUAAUAGUUUCUACCUCUAGUUUUUAGUUUUGAAAGUCAAGCUUGAGACGUUAUCAGUUUAGCAAAAAAAAUUGCGACAACAUGAUGCGAUAUCUAUCUAUAUAUACUUUUUGGUUUUACUAAAGAGUUGUCUUUUUUCCACAUUUAGGACGUUUUAAACAAUGAGAAGAUGAAGUUGGACUGGAUGUUUCAAAUAUCAUUUGCGUCGGAUAUCGCAAGAGUAAGAAACUAUGCGCAAAGCAUGCUACAUAAAAUUAACAAAUCGAGCACAAUUUUCUAUGGUCUACACUCUUAGAGACCAUAGAAGAGGACGUCAUAAAAUGUUCAGAACUCAAGUGGAACCACGAGCCGCAGGUGAGUGGUUUCACUGCAACGUUUUGAACAUUUUAUGGCGUCAUUUCUAUGGUCUAUAAGAGUGUAGACAUGGAAAGUUGUGGUCGAUUUGUUUUUUACAAUAACAUUUAUUUUUUUCCGAAAAACCAAAAACAAAACCGUUACUGCGUGACAUGUUACGUCAUUUUCAUGGGCUAUAACUCUCGAUCAAUCAGCGCGCUAGGAUUCACACAGUUAUUGUAAAACACCUAUUAGCUUUAGCUUAAACGUGUCAGAACUCACUCGUGAUUGUUUCAUAUUGGUUUUAUGUUAGUUCUUUUAUCUUCAACGUUUUAUCAGGUUUCUUCUAAAGCUUUGAUCUUGUAAAAUAAUGGGCAAAACAGGGGCGAAACAUUUGAGUUCAUCAAAAAUUUGUGAGAAAUUGGUUAAGUUUUUUUUCCCGUUCUAUUUAAGGCCGAUCCUUAGUACAUACAUCCCUGCAAUUUUGCCACGUAGAGAACGGCAAUGCACUUAAUCAAUGGAAAAAAAGCGUGACCCAUAUAACCUGUGUUUUUUGUGUACAUGAAACGCGUAAUAGAAGGGAAACGUUGGCUUGUGACUCAAACAGAUCCUCAUUAAAAAGACUGGACCUUUUUCUUUAAAAGCCUCUUGAUUUACAAAUUGUUUUUGAAAUCUCUUUAGGGCAUGAGUUUUCUGCACAAAAGCUCCAUAGGUUGCCAUGGAGACUUAAAGUCCUCCAACUGUCUAAUAGACAGCCGGUGGGUUUGUAAAAUAACUGAUAUUGGACUCGAGAAGUUUAAAGGAGGACAGAAGUCUGAUCCAAGUAUUGGAAUUGACGCAGAAUAUAAUGGUAAAUACCAGGAACCAUCCAUAUUCAAUAUUACUAGCCUUAACAUCUUUUCACGAGUGAAAUAACGCGAGGAUUCGCUGUACUUUUUCGUGGUCGAUUUGAUGUGCGGGACUAUUGGUUGCACCGUGGUUGCUUACGAUUGGUGCAUUACAAAACUCACUCAAGGUAAUCGGUAGCUUAUUGAUACCAUCGCCUAAGGAAGACCAGCACUGUGCGGUCGAAACUUAGUGAUCAAUAACAAAGUGACUGUCUUUAGUAAAACGACAUAAACAUUUCACGGUGAACAACAUCUUUCUUUAUAUUGAUCAGGGUGAAUUACUUGUAUUCUGGAUAGAACGUAUUUCGUAGAGGGCUCAAUUCAUUUAAUUGAAGAGCGUUGACUGUUAACAAUCACAGGAGUUCAGGCUUCAGGAGUAAUCAUUGAUCGUUUUUUGCGACAGUGCUGUUUCGUAUGGUCCGAAAUUGUAGGACCACACUCAUCAGGCAACUUCAACGAUUGACUGUUAACAUUAAAAGCUGGCCGUACAAUAUAGGGAUGUGUUAAGAUCAUAAAUUAUAUGUGUAACACAUUGCAGGUCUGUUAUGGCGUGCGCCGGAGCAUUUAGAAGGAGUAAACAGUGCAUCCAAGUCACAACAGGGAGAUGUAUACAGUUAUGGCAUUAUAGCACAGGAGAUUCUACUAAGAGAUCUUCCAUAUUGCAAAAACGACGUUAUGGACGCAAAGAGUACGUCCUUAACAUUACCUUUAACAGUUAGUAUUUAGCUAUAUCAAUGAAACGGCUGCAGAAAUAAAAAUUUAAAUCAUAUUCUCUCUUCCUCUUUUAAGAGAUCUCCCCAUAGGAGGAGAUUAGGAACCUUAAGAUGUGGUCAAAAGUACGAAAAUGUGCCCUGAAGAGGCCCUCCCUCUAAUGCAUUUUUCAGGCUUGGAAAUCCGUCGCCUAGGUGUUUAAAGAGCCGUCAGUAAAAUAUUUCAAACAGGUGCACCCUGUGGUAGUAUCAUUUUAAUUAUUUAUUUUCUUCCGCUAAUUGGUUCAUCAACUUUAUUCAAAGGAUUGAGAAAAGGGGUGCGUUGUGCGUAAGUAGAUAGGAAAAGGGGGGAUACCAUUUUUAAAUAGAAGGUAUUCUCAAGACGGUGCCUUUUCAAUCAAGAAUAGUAAAUUUCGGGACGAAGCCCCUUCCCCCCUCCCCCCCACCCAUUGUCCCCGGUCUAAAUCUUUGUCCAGUACCUCUAGAGGAAAGGGAUCUUAAAACAAUUUCUAAAUAUCAUCUUUUACCUUCAUACGGUUUCUUUAGCUACGAGGACAUUUUCCAAAUAAACAAGACAAUUUAAUUACCUACUUUUCGUAUGUUUUGACCAGAACGUUUCUCGUUAAGUAUGUGCUAUCCGCCUGAGAAAGGUUCCCCUUUACAAAGGGUUUAAAUCAGACACACGGCAUUAAGAAUUUCCUUGUUGAUGAAAUUUUUAAAUUUUUGUCUGCAGCAAUUGUUGUCAGAGUGCAGGGGAGAGAGAAUCCUCCAUUCCGUCCUGUUAUACCAAACAGUUAUAAUGAUAGUUUCUUUGUGAGAAUGAUGCGGUCUUGUUGGGAUGAAGAUCCAGUUAUUAGGCCGAAAUUUAGUGACAUUCUUCAAACAAUCAAGAAAAUAAAUAAUGGAAAGUAAGUACGUUGUGGUAAGAGGGGAGAAGUUAAUAAGAUGCUUAUUACAGAAGUUUACUAAGGCCCUGCUUAUAUGGAGAAAACUUGGCCUGGGUAGAAGAAUCACUCGCCUACCCGAGCGACCCUGGGUGGGCCAACUUUUCCAACAUUUCCUUACAAAGUAGACACAUUGAAUUCUGCAAAGUUGAUCGUACUACGUGAAAAUUAACUUUGCAAGAUAUCAACACGACACUGAAAGAAUCCAAAACAGAGCCGGGUUGUAGCCGUAGACAGCUGUUAAUUCACCAUUAUCGUGUUUUCUGUUUUGGGUUCUUUCGGUGUCGUGUUGAUGUCUUGCAAAGUUAAUUUUCACGUGGUACGAUCAGCUUUGCAGAAUUCAAUGUGUGUACCUUGUAUAUUUUUGCUGAUCAGGUCUUCUCUAGAUCCCACGUUCUGCCGCAUAUUCGUUUACAGUCCUUUGCAGUCAAUCUAUUUUUCUUACAAAUCUUAGCGAGCCGUUUACAUGAUCGAGAAACAAAACGUUGCCUGAUCGGCGAGAAGGGGCGACCCACCUAGGCGGGUCACCCUCUUAGCCGGACAACUUUUCCAGACAUAAACACUUUGGCUCGCCCAGCUAAACUGCGAGCAGUCUCUUAUUUUUCUUUGCAAAGUUACUGCACGCGAAACCUAAGCACGCGAGCGGCAAAGCCGCGAGAAACGACGUCGUGGUUUGCAAUCGCGCUGGAUGAGAUAAGAACUAGACGGAUUUUAAGAGAAAAGGCGGACUGCAAGCAGUCUAGCCAAGCCGUCUCAACUCGGUCAAGGCAAGACAAAUCAGAGCAUGCGAGAGCGCUGUUGUCAGCUUUUGGCUCAAGCAACGAAGUCAUGACAACUUUAUUCUCAUAUAAACGCACGCUAAAAUUAACUCGUAUGGGCUAGGUGACCAACUUUCCCGGGACAACUUUUUUCCAUAAAAAUGGGGCCUAAGCGAGGGUAGUAGGAAAGUAAAAUAUCAGACAAAUCGCACCGUCAAUACAUGCCUUACAAGUUUUUCAGGGUUUUUCAAAAUCAAGUAUCGGAAGUUAUUAGUAGGAUUUUUUUACCAAUAAAAAGACGAUGUAAGGGCGAUGUUUACUUUUAAGAAUAUAUUGCGCAAUUCAUGUUGUUUUUGUUUUUGCUGACAGAGAGAUCAACAUCAUGGACAAUAUGAUUGCAAUGAUGGAAAAAUACACAGAUCAUCUAGAAGAAACAGUACUUGAAAGAACACAACAACUGGAGGAGGAAAAGCUAAAAACCGACGCUUUGUUAUACAGAAUGUUACCAAAGUAAGAAUUUUCGGCUAAUAAUUAUAGUUUUUCGUGAUUCAGUAUACUUUGUUAUUGCCUUUGAAAGCUUACUUGGCACUAAUGUUGUUAUAACUUUUGGUUUGCAAUUCAUGACAUUUGACAUCUGACAAUUGAGGCGGACGCCGUACCUGGCCUUGAGCUAAGAUUCAAAACUGAAGAAAGAGUCUGUUGUUUCAAAUCUUCUAACGCGCCAAAACUCCCUUAAAUUAUUUACCAAGUCACCUUUUUCAGUGAUUACCUUAUUGGUACUCAAUUUCGCGGAUCUUUAAUUCCGCGUUUUUCGCGUUUGCAAAAAAAUCACCAAAAAUAAAUCCUCUCGAAAUUUAAGCUCACGAUCUUAAAUCACAGCAAAAAAAUAUUUUGACUUGAAAUAGCAACAACAUAUACAGCAUAUGUAUCGACAAUAUGACUUGUUAACUGAUCAUACUGGUAAGCUCUGUUUUUUAUCUUCAGUAGAUUAAGUAAUUUAGGUUAUUAGUAAUUUGAAAUUAUUAUCGAUCCUAUGCAGGAGUGUAGCAGAGCAGUUAAAACGCGGUGAACCAGUGACAGCAGAAACUUUUGAUCAGGUCACCAUAUUCUUCAGUGAUAUCGUCGGCUUUACUUCACUGGCCUCUGAUAGUAAACCAAUGGAGGUAACUCACAUCUAAACCAGGGACUGGUUAAAUAGCAAUGUUGGCUUUAUUUUGUCAAGGCAAACCCCCCUGGUCCUUUUAUUAAGUCAGGGAAGAGUUUUAAGGGACGCGAGAGCAGCGUCUUCAGUGUCCUUUUUGCAAAUUCUGAGUUAAUAAGCUCACUCUGCCUUUUCUUGUCAUGUCACUUUACGGAGUGCCACGUAGCACCGAGACCUUUAUAACUGACAAGCAAAGUUUAUGAGAAACAUUUUAACAGUAAAGUGACAGAACUAAAUAAGGUUAGUUUAUGUGCAGCACAUAACACUAAAAUGGUGUUAAUAAAAUGUAUUCAGAGAAAACUUUUUUCUUUACAGAUCGUAAACUUACUAAAUGAUCUUUAUACCUGCUUUGAUAACAUCAUUGAUUGUCAUGACGUUUACAAGGUAAGCAUAAAUAAACUUGAAUUCUAGAUUGUUAAGUUAUCAUUGGAAUGCCCGCGCAAUGCUUCUAUACAUAUCUGCGUCACUUUAGUGUUUUACAAGGUAUAAUGCUCUACUUUUUUACGAUUUCGUCAUUGCAAUACAUGUAUUAGAAAUUAGUGAUUGUCAUUUCUCGCGUUACAGUGAUGGCAACAUUACUGUCAACGUAAAUGUUGUUAAUAUCUUUUCAGUCAUAAAAGAUUAACGGUUGCUAAGAAAAAAAUAAAUUAUACUUUUACGUUUCUUUGUAUUCUUCUUAGGUUGAGACAAUUGGUGACUCUUACAUGGUAGUGUCUGGUCUGCCAAACCGAAAUGGUAUCAAACAUGCAGGAGAGAUAGCAAAUAUGUCUUUAGAUCUGUUAAGUGAUAUGUGUAAUUUUAAAAUCAAACAGCAACCACAGAAACAGCUACAGCUACGAAUUGGGUUGCAUUCAGGUAAGCUAGGUUAAAUAGGUUUGACGUAAUAUCUCAGUAACGCGCGAGUUAUUCCUUUGGUUUUUAUACACCUGGAAACAAAUUAUUGAAUAAUAGUUUCUUUUAUGGAUCAUUGCUUACAAACGGUAUUCAAGAUCCAUACGUAUGAUAUUCAUAUAAUAAAAUACAGUCACGUGAUUGAGCAAUUAUAUAACAAUAUAAAAAUUAAUAUUUCUUCAUCAUACUACCGAUAAUCCGCGUUCGAUAUAUUAAAAUUCUAACAUGACACCGAGACUUUAGGGACAAAAUUGCAACUUUUUUACGACUCCAUAUCUAGCAAUUCCCAGAAGAGACUUGAGUACAAAGAAAACCAAAUCAAAUAUAGAAAAAUGAUCAGAAAGCCUCAGAGUCAUGUUAGAAUUUUAGUGUAUCGAAGGUGAGCUAUUGACAAUAUAAGGACAACUGAGGGCAAGGUCGUGAAAACCGAACAGGCGACACCUCAAAUUUGAUUACUUUCUUUUACAUCGUAAAGUUGAUAAUCUUCGUUUGCAAGCGUCCUCGUAGCUCCGUAGUCAAAUUCUCAUACGACCUGAUUACCUUGCCGGCUGCCAUUUUUGUGUGCAAAUUGCGUAGGGACAAAUAGGAAAAAAAUCAAUUUAUAUUAUUACUUGUCUGUCAGGUUCAUGUGUGGCUGGGGUUGUAGGUCUUAAGAUGCCACGAUAUUGUUUAUUUGGUGAUACUGUAAAUACAGCCUCCCGAAUGGAGUCUAGUGGACUAGGUGAGUUAUCAUUGAAGUGACAGAAAGUAUUGAAAACGUUUAUUAUUCUAUUAAACACACAGCAAUUUUGACAUUAUGGAAGAACUUAAAUUUGAUGGUAAUUGUCUUUGUGACAAAUCAGGCAACCGUUUUUGUUGUUGUUGUUGUUUUUUUGUUUUUCUAGCUUCCAUUAUUCGUAGCAACGCCACUAUUCCCGCGAGAGACUCCGCAACAAAAUAGAGACUAUGUAAUCCGCGGAAAUUUAAUAGGUGCACGCGCAAUGUGUUUGUCUUUGAAAUGGUUAAUUUUUCUUCCAAAUAGCGUACUCAGUUUCGAUGUUUUUACUCUUCCGGCCUGCGCGCCCCACCCUCCCCCACUGAUGAACUAGCUCUCAUCCAAGAGCCGUACUGCCACGGACUGAUAAAAAACGUGAAGACAUUGUUACAGAAAGACCCAUAAAUUUCUAGAUAUAAUUUCUUGUCUAAAGAAACAAAUUUAUAUAAUGGAUUGGCGCCCGAACCACUAAAAAAUAUGCAAGACUACAGAACAGCUAUCAGCUAUUUGGCAGUUGGUUAAACAUCUUUCUUUCUGUUUACAACAAAAAAGGGAAGGACGGACUUCAAACCAGUGCAGUGUUUGGUUUCCCAACGAUCAAUAACAGGGGUAGUGGCUUCUACCGGGUGAUUGUUAAGUAUGGUUUUCUUUUCAGCUCUUAGGAUCCAUCUCAGUUCUCAAUGCAAAUCAUUAUUGGAUAUGAUCGGUGGUUAUCACACUGAGGAAAGAGGCUGGACCUCAAUGAAGGUAACAAUUAUCGUAUUAUUUUUGUAUUUUAUUUAAGGAGCCCCAACCUCUUUCGUACCUUCAAAAAUAAAUUACCAUAGUUUUGUUUUGGUUUGUUUUGACAGGGGCGGAUCUAGGGGGAGGGUGCAGGGGGUGCGCCCCCCCCCCCCCCCCCCCCCCCCCCUUACCUUCAAAAAUAAAUUACCAUAGUUUUGUUUUGGUUUGCUUUGACAGGGGCGGAUCUAGGGGGAGGGUGCAGGGGGUGCGCCCCCCCCCCCCCUUGAGAUGACCUGCGGUUUUCUAAUACAACUGGUGUUCUGCAAAAAAAAAUACUAUGCGGUUUAUUGGUGUUGAAGUAGAGUAAGAGACGAGUGUACCCCCUCCUAAAAAAAAAAUCCUGGAUCCGCCCCUGUUUGAACUUACCUAGAAAUCACGAAAAGUGACCUGACAUAGCCCAUAGAAAAAGAUCUAAAAGAUCCUUAUCAAAAGUAUUUGAUGUAUAUGUUGUGGUUCAAUCUUAUCCUUAGUUCAAAUUUUAUUUUCCUCUGUUUUAAACUCAUCAUACAUUACCAAACCCGAGAUCAAAGGGAAAUAAAAUUUAAACCAAGGAUAAAAUUGAGCCACAAUACAUAUACUUGAUUCAAAAGAGGUCGAUUCGGGUAUUGGUCAAUUGCGACUGAAGCAAAUCAUUGCAACGAAUUCCCGCAAAAUGCCCAAGUGCCCGAUGCCUUUUGCCAAUGACCCAUUUCCAAAGCAACCUUUAUGGAAUUAGGUAUAUAAGGCUGGUACUAAGGGAAUACAACACUUUUCUGUUAUUUCUUGAUGUUCCGUCGUUACGCCACUCAAAAUUACAUAUUUGGAUUUAUCUCACAGAAGACUCAUUUAUUACAAUUUUGCUUCACUAGAAAAAAUAUUUAAUUCAUUAAACUACCAAAAAUUUUCGAUGAGGUUUUUUUCUUGUUUCUAUCUCUCAGGGAAAAGGAACAAUGCUUACCUAUUUCUUGAAUGGCCGGGACGGCUUUACCAAACCGCUACCGGAUCUUUGCAAGGCAGUAUCAUUGGAAGAUCAUAACUUUAAAUAGGGCUUCUAUUCAUGCACAGGAACAGUGAUUUCAGUGCGAUUUCUUUAACGGAGCCAAACGGCGAUUUCUAAAGUGGAGAGUCACAUAUCGGAUAGGUGUUCAUACUAUACAGGAUAGAAUUCGUGUCGGUCGCCAUGAAAAGCAGUCUAGUAUCGUGUGAGCAUAGCCUUAGAUACUGUGACCAGCAAUAUUUUCUUUUCACGACUUAUAUCUAUGAACUAAAGGUAUUAUUUUUGUUAAGAAAAAUUUAUCAGAAAAGAUGUCUUGGUGCAUUUUUUUUUUAUUACCAGAAGGAUGAGACGACAUUUUAUCUGUAAGCGUAGGCAGGCGGAGCUAAAAUGUGCGGUUAAAUUGUAAAUUAAAUCAACCAAGUAAAUA